AUGUCUUCCGCAUCGGCCACCGCCCAAGGCUUCUCCGUGCCUCUCGACACCGACAACCCUCUGGCCCUCGACAACGACUUCUCCUUCGACCCUGAACCCCGCAAUUCCGCUGCCGGCCAGCAGCGACAGUACCAGCAGCAGCAUCAACAACAGCAGCGCUCAUCCAUCGACUCCAACCUGCUGUCGCCUUUCCUCUCCCGCGUCAAUAGCGACUCUCUCUCUCCCGCGAACCCUUCAGAAACGCCUGCCGGGUCCACCUCAACCUUGAGCAUCUACCAGUCCAGCGACUUCAGUGACUUUGACGACGACCCUUUUUUCGGUGCCAACUUUACCAAUCCCGACGUCGGCACGCCAUCCUUCCUCGACGACCAGAGCGUAUGGGACCUCUCACUCAACAAUACCCCACCAGUUGAGCCUCAGCAGGAACACAAUGCCAACGACGACUCUUAUCCUCUAACCCCGGACCAAACUGCCUCUGUUCACACACUGUCGCCGCGAAGUGAAGAGAGAACGACACUCACGCGACCCGAUCAGCAUCAGCUACCGAGCUCCAUCUCACCGCAGGAGCUCCAGAAAGCCUUCAAACCCAACCCCCUCGUCAUCCCGCCGCCUCAGUUGACCCCAAGCCAGACAGAUAGUGGACGAUCCAGCGAGGACGGCCUGGCCCCCGCUCCUGUCGAUAUGCGGUGUCAGAGUCCUCGUGUCACCAUCUCAGUCUGGGACAAGGACAACAACGGACCUGUCCACACCGUUGAGCGUUCUUUUGAAGAUAGCCCCUCCACGGUGCGUGGCGGUCUCGAGUCCGCAGGAGACUUGAUCACAUCAUCUGUAAACCAAGGGCAAAGCCAAGCUGCUAUGGCUGCCACUGCUACUAGAGAUUCCAUGGGCCAAUGGCGGCGUGACCCUGCCACCGGCCUCGCUGGCUUGGACCCAAAGAGGCGGCCUGGAGAGGAGAUUGCGAGCAUCAAUGAGAUUAUCAAUCGCCGUGAGAUUGAAGAGAAAAACCAGGAAGUCGGCAAAUGGCUUACUGGCAACCUCGAUGAGACUAGCCUCCCAGACAAGUCCGGAGAUAUCAGCGCCACAGAAGAGGAGAACCGUAACAGCAACGAUGGCAUACCUCUUGGUGACCAGACUGAGAACAAAUACAUUCCCGGACAAACCUAUUAUUCUCCCAAUGGAGCUGGACAGAUGUCGGACGAAGACUAUGAUAUCAUCUAUGCCAAUCGCGGAUGGGCUGAUGCUCCCAUUCUACACUCCAUCAGAAGCGGUGGCCAGAGCCGCCAUCAACCCCAGAGCUCACAAGCUGCCAUUGACCGCUUUGAGAGAAUGUGCCGUGACAAUGAUUCCAUCAUCUCCCGAGCCGCAACCUGGGGCACACGCCGACGCAGCUUGCCCAGCGUCGUCGACCUCGAUAUUGAGGGCAUCACUAGUGGUAACUUCUUGAAGAAGCUCUCCCUUAGUCGAGGUGGCGAUAAGAGCAACAGAUCCGGCAGUCUCUUAAAAGACCUUCGCGGCCUUGUCCGACGCCCUAGCGGCUCUCACAUGCGAAAGCGCUCUCGCGGUGGACAAGGCGAGGCUGUGGAGGAGCAGCCUGAGCCUUCGCCAACCCAGAAUAAGCGCGAUAGCAUGCCGCAUCUAUCUCCCAUGACACGCACGUCCAGCUGGGGCAAGAAGCACCAGACUCCCAGUAUUAACACCGCCUUAGUCUCAAUGGGCCAGAACUUUGCCUCCAUUGGUCCUCUGUCCGGCCUCAGUGUCAGGAAUUCCUUGAGGCGGCCGCGAAGCAAAUCAGACUUGCCCAAGCCAUCGCCAUCCUCCUCUGCCAACAACAAUGACAACGCCGGUGGUGCGCACUCUAGCCUCGCCGACAUGUGGAGGAAGUCGGGCGGACCACCUGUGGCGGUUCUCAGACAGGCUCCCGUCGAUCCAGACGAGGAUGAUGACGACGACGACGAUUUCUACGAAGAUAACGACAUGAAGAUGAACCCUAACAUCAUUGACGACAUUGCGCCCAACUUUGCUGGCUUCCAACAGCACAUCCAGACUUUGAACCCGGGACUACCACCAGCGCAUAGCUACCUCGUAGAUCGCAUUGCUCACCAGCAAAUUAUUAGAUACAAGCAGCUGCUCAACAACAAGGUCAAGCAUCUCGGCCUCGGUGCCAACUGCCCUUGCGGCUCUCUCUGCUUAGCACUUGGCGGCUCAGCCAAUGUACUGACCGGAAAGGGAGACAGCAAUGGCACCAAGGGACUGGACACCUUGUCAGCUCAUUACGACGAUGACGACGAUGUCACACCGACCGAAGGUGCCAUCAACCAGGAAAGCUUCCCCACUGACAUCCCCAUGCCGCCUACGCAGCACCUACCGGCCGAGUUCGAAUGUCAGUUGUGCUAUCAGAAGAAGAAGUUCCUCAAGCCGUCCGACUGGACCAAGCACGUGCAUGAAGACGUGCAGCCCUUUACGUGCACGUGGGACAAGUGCCGGGAUCCCAAGAUCUUCAAGCGCAAGGCCGACUGGGUCCGUCAUGAAAACGAGGGCCAUCGUCACUUGGAGUGGUGGACGUGCGAUGUCGAGGACUGCCGGCACACAUGCUAUCGCCGCGACAAUUUCCUGCAGCACCUUGUCCGCGAGCACAAGUUCCAGGAGCCCAAGGUGAAGACCAAGGCGGCCAUGAAGAAGGCCGGCGCAAUUGAUCCGACAUGGCACAAAGUUGAGCAGUGUCAUGUGGAAACGAGCAAGCAACCGCACGAAGAAGCGUGCAGGUUCUGCGGCAAGGUCUUCCCAACGUGGAAGAAGUUGACUGUCCACCUGGCCAAGCAUAUGGAGCAAAUCUCGCUUCCUGUGCUGCGCUUGGUGGCGGCCAAGGCAAAGGAACUGGCGGCGGAUACCAUCAUCAGCCCAGUCCAGGACCCCCCUCCACGGCAUGACAUUCCACUCAUGCCAGAGCAAAAAUCACCUGCAGCCAUUCGGUAUCCAGAAAAUGGCCAGCAGCAACAUCAGCUUUCGCCGGCGCCACCAAUGGCUCCUCAACAGGCAAUGCAGUAUGCGCAAGCUCCAAACCAGUUUUAUCCCUUGAUGCCUCCGGGACAACCGUAUCAGCCCUUCUAUUCUCCUCCUCAAUUCGAAAGCAUAGGCCAAAGCCUGCACUCGACCCAGUCAAUGGCCCCUAGCCCGCUCGCCUACGACCCCGGCCGGCGGGUUCAGGACCUGCCCGUCACUUCGGCUCCGUAUGUGCAGGGGUCGAACCCGUAUACCGCCAUGACAAUGGCAAAUGAGGUGGAGCCAUUCCCACCCCUGAAUGCGCUGGGUCUGCAAAACGUGCCCGUUCCGGUAGCCGCUGUGCCCCCUAUGGGCGCGCAGAUGGCGUACGACAACAUGAUGGACCCUUCAAGCGUGCACGGCAGCCCGUUUAGCGGGCAUGAAACAUUAUCGACUUAUUCACAUUCUCCUCACCAGGGCGCAAUUCAUCUAGAUACCAAGAGCUGGGAUGAUAGACAAGCGUCUGGAUAUUAUUGA